AUGGGAGCCUGUUCUCAGUGUGGGUUGGCUGCUGGGGGUGCAAAGGCCAAGAAGCUUAUAGCUCCUCAGAGCCAGGCUGGCACCAGGGAGCUGGCAGAGAGACGCCAGGGGGUGUUUCACCAGCAGGAGGCAGCAGGCACCCAGCUGGAGGUCAUUGGAGCAAACACACCCCGCUGCCCCCAAUCCAAUGGCCGGCCAGCCCCUGAGGCUCGCAGGACUGAGGAUAAGCCACACCUGGUGUGUUGCCGGGGGAAACAGCAGAGAGGCUCGGAUGACCUGGUGGCCCAGGAUUGGUCAAUUCCACCUCCAGGACAGCUUCAGGUCAGAGCCUCCUCAGGUGUGGGCGGCCAGGACUCCAGGGCGACAAAAGUCCCCACGGGUCCCAGCUCAGGGCCCUCCAGCCUCUCAUUUCUGCUCACGGGCCCAGGAAAAGCAACAGGGAAUCAAGGCCAAGGGCAGUUGAGAAAGAGGCUCACAGUGACACAGCUUCAGAUGGUCUGCUUGACUUCAGAGUCCUUGCAGGACGUAAGCACCCUCGCUUUGCUCUUGGAACAGCUGGGACCAGGAGAGCCUAGACGCUCACAGCCCCCUGUUGGAUCUGAGGCCCCUGGAGGGGAGAAGAAGGAAGGCCCUCGGGACCUGAGGCCACGCUCUUCAUCCAGUGGGGCUAAAAGGGAAAAUGGGGAGCUUUCAGGAGCUGCUGGAGAUCCUUUGAGUCGUGGUGACAGCUCUCCUUUUCCCACGGACAAAAGGAGCAUGGAUUUGAUGCCACAGAACCUGCUGGACAGGGAUGCGGAUGACAUUCUUCCAUGUGACGAUGUGAAGCCGCAAGAUAGUGACCUGUCAGCUGAAGAAAGAAUAUUUUUGGAAGAGUUUCCCAACCUGAAAGGGGAGCUGGAAGUGGACAUCCGGAAGCUCCAGGCCCUUGCAGACCGAAUUGACACAACAAACAAAACACUCACCAAGACCAGUGUGGUGGCCAAUUCCAUCACCGUGGUCUCCAGAGCCAUGAGCAUACUGGGCUUAGUCCUUGCUCCGGCGACAGCAGGGGGAAGCCUGGUGCUCUCCGCUGCAGGUAGAGUUUUGGGGACAGCAGGGGAGGUCAUCAGUAUCUUGACCAACAUUUUGGAACGUUUUCACAGUCAAGAAGCCCAAGCUCAGGUGGGUAGCCUAAUGCCCUCCAGUGGCCAAAAGGCCAGGCAAGCUGGGGUAGACUACAUCAUGGCCGCUGGAAAGGUGAUUCAGAAUUGUAGAAGCGCCAUCGAGGGUGUUCAGAAGAGCAUCCGUGCCGUUCAGAUCACCAAGUCUCACCCACGCCUGGCCACUGCUGCCAAGCGCCUCCUGACCACCGGCCAGGUCUCAGCCCUAAGGAGCAGGCAGGUGCAAAGGGCCUUUGAAGGUACCACGCUGGUGAUGAAAACCAAGGCUCGCUUGCUGGGCAGUGCGAUGGCUGGCUUUUCCCUCAGCGUGGACUUGGCCUCCCUCCUUAAGGACUGGAAGCAGCUGAAGGAGGGAGCCAGAACAGAGCUUGCAGCAGAGCUAAGGGCCCGGGCUCGGGAGCUGGAAAGGCAGCUGACACAACUCACCCAGCGCUACGAGAGCCUGCAGCAGACGAACCUCUUGCAAGAAAAAAAGCCUAUGAGCUCCUCUUCGGAGGGAACCAUGGGGACCGUGCCUCUGCCACCAGCCAGGCGUGGGGAAGCCGGAUCCCAGGUGACAGGGGAAGAUGAAGGCAAUUGA